AUGUCCUCCCUUCAACCAAUCAAGCUCAACUCCCCAUUACCCAUAAUCCGAACCACCCAAUCGAACGGGGACGAAGCAUUCAUACAAGUCCUCCCAGGACCAUUAAUCAAAGUAUGGGGCCAAUCCGGUCCUAACGAUGCUACUGAUCGCGAAUGGGAAGGGACAUUUUACGUUCGAACAGUAGAUGAGAUUGAAAAAUUCAUGAAGAAGAAUGCUAAGUCUUUCAGAGUCCCGCUCCCUCUUGAGAGUACUAGAGUCAGGGGAUGGGACGAGAUUGUCGUUCCUUCCAAUGCGAUCUGUGAAGAUCGACAUAAGAUUGAUAUUAUCCCCUUGGACCAAUUGGCAAACUUGGUAAGAUGUGCGGAUAAUAAAGGAGGAGCAUUUUGGAAAACAUGGUAUGAGAUAACAAAUAUCAUUACUCCAAUCGCAUAUACCGGUAUUGGUGUUACGACCGAAGAUCAUGAAGGAUUCAAAAGCGAUGAAGACAACGAUCAACUAAUGUUUUUCUCCGUGUUCGAUGGAAUGGGCGGCUCAAUUUUUAGCGAUAUGAUAAGCAAGACCCUUCAUGCAUGUUUGGCACUGACCAUCGCAAGACUCAGGCAAGACACUUCCAAAGGAGAACCAAUCGAUCAAGAGCGAUUGGAAUGGGCAUUGACAGAUACUUUCAUAGCUAUCAACCAAGAUUUCUUGAACGCUCCUGUUUCCGCGUUACGAGGUCUACUGGAAAGACAAGAUACUUCACCUAUACUUCCUAAACUUGGUCCAUCAAAUUUCUUAUUUGGUGCGACGGAGGGUAGUGGUUGUACAGCAUGUACAGUCAUAGUCGAUACGUCUACUUCCAAGAUUUACGUUGCUCACGUGGGGGACUCGAGAGCUGUUGCUGGGUGGUAUAAUCAUAAAGAGGGGAAGUGGAGAUGUGAUGUGUUGACGGAAGAUCACUGUGGACAAAAUUCCAAGGAAUGUCAAAGACGACUCUCUCGACAUCCUCCCGAAGAAGCUGAUCGAGUGAUAUACGAUCGAGGAUGGGGAAAUAGGAUAUUGGGGACUAAUGAUGUGGUUAGGAAAUUUGGGGGUAGCUACAGUGUGAGAUCACAUGCAGAGGAGAAUGAAAUUUGGAAUGUAUUUCAAACGAAACAGGCAUUCAACCAUUUCCCUAAGAAGACUCCUCCAUAUACCGAUACUGAGGCGGCAGUGUCUCUUCGAGAUCUCAAAUCGAACCCUGAUGAGGAUCUGAAAUUCGUCAUUCUAGCUUCAGAUGGGGUAUGGGACAGACUCACUUCAGAAGAGGCUGUCCUCUUAACAGCCGCAUACAAAGAUAAUCCCUCUCAAGGUGAUAUUCCCAAAAAAGCUUUACCUGAGAGAUAUCCCAUGGUUUCACCUACCGAUCCUAGACCCUACCCCGCACAAGAACUGCCUGGUACGGGUGGAAGAGCAGAGGGUGCAUGGGCGUUUGAUGUGUGGCAAGAGAUGAGAGAUGAUAUGACUGCGGUGUAA